AUGUCAAAUAUUAUUACUCUAAAUGAAGCACUAUCAUCCAUUGAUAAAAUAAAAACUAUUCUAGAGAAUGAUGGUGUUAUUGCUGUUCCAACUGAUACGAUUUAUGGUUUGGCGGCAUUAGUACGAAAUGAACGAGCGAUAAAACGAAUAUACGAAAUUAAAGGACGUAGUUUUUUGAAACCACUGGCCAUUUCUGUUGGUACGGUCAAUGACAUCUCUAAAUGGUCUGUACCCACAAUAUCCAACGAACACCUGAACGAAUUACUUCCAGGACCUGUUACGUUAAUGUUUCCACGUCAAACAACAUUACCAGAUUACUUUAAUCCAUCUGUUCAAAAUGUAGCUGUUCGCAUUCCAGAUUAUACCUUCAUGAUUGAACUAGCACAACGUCUAAAUGAACCGAUUGCAUUGACUAGUGCAAAUAUAUCAGAUUCAAUUAGUUCAUUAACGAUAGAUGAAUUUGAAUCAUUGUGGCCAAAAAUUGAUUUAAUUAUCGAUGGUGGUUUGUUAACAAAAGACAGGACCGGUUCAACAAUUGUUGAUUUAAGCGUAAAACAGCAAUAUCACAUUCAACGAUAUGGCGUUGACAACGAAAGAAUUAUUAAAUAUUUGAAAAAUGAUUGUCAUUUAACAGAGCGUAAAUAG